AUGACGGAUAUAGGAUGCAAAUUCUAUAUUGCUCGGUUCACAAACCAGGAUGACUAUCACCAUGUGCUCACUCAAGGCCCAUGGAUGAUUGAAGAUAAUUAUCUCACUAUUAGGAAGUGGGUUCCCAACUUCAUUCCAGAUGAAGCCCCCAUUAAGGUGCUCACUGCUUGGGUCCGUAUUCCGAACCUCUCAGUUGAAUACUUUGAUGGCAACUUCUUGCACAAAAUUGGCUCAAAGAUUGGUAAAGUCCUUAGGAUUGACAAGACCACUUCAAAUGUUGAAAAAGGCCAGUUCACGCGACUCAGCGUUGAGAUUGAUCUAACCAAACCUCUACUCUCCAAAUUUUGGCUUAAGGUACGAAUCUGGAAGGUCCAGUAUGAGGGCCUUCAACUUAUUUGUUUCAAUUGCGGAUGUUGGGGUCACUCUGCUCAUGAGUGCCCUUCUCGCCUUAACGCGGAGGCUAACAUGGACCAAGCUGCUAUCCCAAAUAAUGCUCAACCUGUUGAAGCUCAACCCAAGGCACGUCCAGAACUCGAGCAAGAUUUUGGAGAUUGGAUGAUGAUUGGUCUGACCAGCGAAAUUAGAGGAGACGGGUCACGUUUCUCAGUUUUAGAAGGUGAUAAUAAUGACCUUCCUAUCUUGGAGGAAGUGGUUGAGGAUGUUAUGGAGAAACCUUCGUACGCUACCGUGAAUCUAGGAGAAUCUUCUCAAGCCCCAAAUCUUAUCAAGGAGCCUUUCUUAGUAGGCUUCAAUUUAGGAAAGGAUAAAAUUUCAACUCCGAAAAAGAUUGUUGUUGCCAUUAAGCCCAUUAUUCCACCCGUAAAGCAAAAUUCGAAAUCGAAACCAACAAGGAAACAAAUUUUCCGAGUGAAAGACACUAAUGUGACCAUCCAAGCUCGAUCCAGGGUUCCUAGCAAGCCAACCUUAUGCAAGGAAAAUUCUAUUCCUCUCAUACCAGCCACCCCUCGUGAAAAUUCGGUCACUCGCAACCAUGCUGAAUCCAACCCCAUGCCUACUCCAAUAGUCCACCUUCCCCCUCUCCAUGCAUCCCCCUCAUGCCAUAUCUCUUCUCCUCCCUCCCGAGAAAACACUGUUUGUGGGCAGACAGAUCGAAAAUCCGUAGUUAGUGGAGGUAAACCACCUGAUCCACAAGGUGGAAAUUGUGUUCCAGACCUGGGAGGAGCCAGAAACGAUGCCGGAACUGAUAGCUAUGAUGUCGGUCCCCAAUGA